CGCGGGGCCGGGGCCGUUUCCGCCGCCGCUGCAGGGAGGCGGAGCCGCCGCUGUUCCCGAGCCCGGAGCCCGGCAGCACCCGGGACACGAGACGGCGGCGCAGCGGUACAGCGCCCGCCUGCUGCAGGCCGGCUACGAGCCCGAGAGCAGCAUGGCGGACUACCUGAUCAGCGGCGGCACCGGCUACGUGCCCGAGGACGGGCUCACGGCGCAGCAGCUCUUCGCCCACGCCGACGGCCUCACCUACAACGACUUCCUAAUCCUUCCAGGCUUUAUAGACUUUGUGGCUGAUGAGGUGGAUCUGACCUCGGCUCUGACCCGGAAGAUCACGCUGAAGACGCCGCUCAUCUCCUCCCCAAUGGACACUGUGACAGAGGCCGACAUGGCCAUCGCCAUGGCUCUCAUGGGCGGAAUAGGCUUCAUUCACCACAACUGCACCCCAGAAUUCCAGGCCAACGAGGUGCGCAAGGUCAAGAAGUUCGAGCAGGGCUUCAUCACGGACCCUGUGGUGCUGAGCCCCUCACACACUGUGGGCGAUGUGCUAGAGGCCAAGCUGCGCCACGGCUUCUCAGGCAUCCCUGUCACUGAGAGGGGCACGAUGGGCAGCAAGCUGGUGGGCAUCGUCACCUCCCGGGACAUUGACUUCUUGGCCGAGAAGGACCAUACCACCCUCCUCAGUGAGGUCAUGACGCUUCGGACUGAGCUUGUGGUGGCCCCAGCGGGUGUGACGUUGAAAGAGGCCAAUGAGAUUCUACAGCGCAGCAAGAAAGGAAAGCUGCCCAUCGUCAAUGAUCGCGACGAGCUUGUGGCCAUCAUAGCCCGCACCGAUCUCAAGAAGAACCGGGACUACCCGCUGGCCUCCAAGGAUUCCCACAAGCAGCUGCUGUGCGGGGCGGCCGUGGGCACCCGGGAGGACGACAAGUACCGCCUGGACCUGCUCACCCAGGCGGGUGCCGACGUCAUAGUGCUGGACUCAUCCCAGGGAAACUCUGUGUACCAGAUCGCCAUGGUGCAUUACAUCAAACAGAAGUACCCCCACCUCCAGGUGAUUGGGGGGAAUGUGGUGACAGCCGCUCAGGCCAAGAACCUGAUUGAUGCGGGUGUGGACGGGUUGCGUGUGGGCAUGGGCUGUGGCUCCAUCUGCAUCACCCAGGAAGUGAUGGCAUGUGGUCGCCCCCAGGGCACAGCCGUGUACAAGGUAGCCGAGUAUGCCCGGCGUUUUGGGGUGCCGGUCAUCGCUGAUGGGGGCAUCCAGACGGUAGGACAUGUGGUCAAGGCCCUGGCCCUGGGGGCCUCCACAGUGAUGAUGGGUUCACUGUUAGCGGCCACCACUGAGGCCCCCGGCGAGUAUUUCUUCUCGGAUGGGGUGCGGCUCAAGAAGUACCGAGGCAUGGGCUCUCUGGAUGCCAUGGAGAAGAGCAACAGCAGCCAGAAGCGAUACUUCAGUGAGGGGGAUAAGGUGAAGAUUGCCCAGGGUGUGUCGGGCUCCAUCCAGGACAAAGGGUCCAUUCAGAAGUUCGUGCCCUACCUCAUCGCGGGAAUCCAGCAUGGCUGCCAGGACAUCGGUGCCCAGAGCCUGUCAGUACUGCGGUCCAUGAUGUACUCAGGGGAGCUCAAGUUCGAGAAGCGGACCAUGUCAGCGCAGAUCGAGGGCGGCGUGCACGGGCUGCAUUCUUACGAGAAGCGGCUGUACUGAGGACGCUGGUGGAGGCCGAGGCGGGGGCGCUGGCGCACCCCAGGGUACCUCCCCGGGCACAGCCUCCCUCCGUAACUGAGCAGCUGGUUGGCAGAUUUGCACUAUGGGAUCCCCAGUUCCUCCUUUCAGGGGAGAGAAAGGGAGGCCCGAGGGGUCUGUGACCUCUCUGCGGGCACUCCCGGUGCCCCAGGACCUCUGCAGCCCCCCGGAGCCUAGCCCUCCUGGGCUCCCAGGCCGCUGUGCCUGUCUCAGGUCUCUGGCUGCCGCCUGCUCAGCCGGCUCCCACCUCCGGGGCAGGUGGACCCUCCUGGCUUCUGUGGGGGGUUCCCUCCUCACCCCGGAAAUGGUGCUCUCCUGGCCCAGCCUCUGCCCCUCCAGCCAUGUGGCGUAUCUGGGCUCCUGACCUAGGUCACAGGGAGGUCUCUGCCCCCUUCCCCAGCCCUAGGCCUCCCCCUGGGGAGGAAGCUGCCAGCCACCCCCAGGGGUCCCCGAGUGUCCCAGCCCUGCCCUCUCCUCUCAGCUGCAGUUGAAGGCUUUAACUUUGCACACUUCGGGGUCACAGUAGCAUCAUUGUAUAUUAAAUAAGUGAAUAAACUGCGAGGUCUCUGGGCCUCUACCAACCCAA